CGAAAAACUAACAAAAGUGAGUCUAGCCCAAACACGAGAAUGGCGGAAAUUUUGAUGAGUGAAGCUGAAAGAACAUUCAUUUUACAUGGCAUACAGGAUAAUGUGAGGUCAGAUGGACGAGGGUGUGAGGAUUACAGACCUAUAGAACUAGAAACAGAAGUAGUCUCAAAUGCUAAUGGAUCAGCUAGAGUCAGAUUAGCAAACUCUGAUGUCUUAGUUGGGGUUAAAGGGGAGCUUGGUAAACCUUCACUAGAUACACCUGAACACGGGAGGCUAGAGUUCUUUGUAGACUGCUCAGCCAAUGCUACACCAGACUUUGAAGGACGUGGGGGUGAGGAUUUGGCCUUAGAGAUCAGCAGCAUGCUAGCCAGGGCCUAUGAUUGUCCCAGUUGUUUAGACACACAGGCUUUGGGCAUUAUCAAAAGAGAACAGUGCUGGGUGCUUUAUGUUGAUAUUCUGAUCUUAGAAUGUGGAGGAAACCUCUUUGAUGCUGUUGCUAUAGCAGUUAAAGCAGCACUUGGUAAUACAAAGCUUCCAGUAAUAACAGUUCGCAAAGACGAAAAUGACGAGACUGAACUUGAAAUAUCAGAUGACCCAUAUGAUUGUGAAAGAAUCAAGAUACUUAAUGCUCCCUGUAUUGUUACCUUGAGUAAGGUAGGGAACCAACAUAUUGUUGAUGCUUCACUCCAGGAGGAAAGUUGCUGCCUCUCAAGACUGAUGGUAGCUGUUACUGAAAAUGGUACAAUUACAGCCUCCAAGACCUCUGGCUCAGGCAGCCUUAACCCAGAAAGUAUAAUUGAUAUGCUUGAAUCUGGCAAGAGGGCAGGAACAUUAUUAAACAAGACAUUGCAUGCUAAACUCUUAGAGGAAGAAGUCAAAGUAGGAACAAAGAAAAAGACAAUGGGAUUCUUAACAUAGAUUUAUUCAUUUAAAGAAAUAUACUCAUAGUUUUAUAUUAUAUAUUAUUUGUAUUUUGUUGAUCUUUUUCAAAUAAAUUAAGUGGUUUUAAUGAAUGGAG